AUGAGAGUACGGUAGGAUUAAACUGUUGAAAUUUGUAAAAAUAGAUCUGGCAGUAAAUAUUGACCAGACGGAAAUGUAACGGAAGUAUUACAUUACUUUACAAGACGGCCAUGUUUAGAGCGUUAGACUCAUUAAGACAUUUAUUUUUGAAUUUUGUUGUUUUCAAUGUAAAAAAGUUUGAAAUAGUUUUAAAAUUAUCUAUUUUAAUUUUUUCAAUUUUAAGAUGUAAAGAUCGAUGUAUAAGUUAAGUAGACAUGGUUCUUUUGAUGUGUUUGUUCACGUAGAUACGUUGUUUACAAAUGUCGUCAAGUUUAAGGCUUCUGUAACAAUAAACUCUUUCAGCUUACUGUAUUUUUCUCGUCGAUUGCACUUUUGGCUGUGGUUUUAUAUAUUGGACCGGCAUUGGAGUAUCUUCCUAAAGUAAGUUUUCUUUAAAUUAUUUUACGGAGUAAUUAGUGUGGUUAAUUACAUAGUUUGAAGUUUAAAUGUUCAGUUCUUGGAUAAUUAUGUAGAACAAGGUAAUUACUGUGUAGGUGAACACUAUUCGUGGAAAUACUUUUUUGGUAUCUAAUUGUAUAUAGUCAAUUAGAUAUUAUAAUUUGAGAAAAUAUAGUAAAUUAUAAAAAAUAAGAUGUUUCGUUUAUAAAAAUAUUUCGAAUUUAAAAAUAUUUUCAGUGCAUUUUGGCGUCAAUAGUACUAGUAUCUCUGACAGCCGCCUUCGACAAGAUCCAGGAGCUGAGAACACUCUGGCCAUUGUUCAAAACCGACUUCUUCGUAUUCAUUAUAACAUUGCUGCUUACCGUAUGCUACGAACUAGCCAAAGGUCUGAUUUUGUCAGUAGGAAUCGCUGUUUUAACUACAGUAAUCCGCAACCAAUGUUCUUCAUGGCACUUCCUACACAGAAGCGACGAUGAAGAGUUCCGUGAGAUUCCGAAGAGACAGCUGAAUGAGAUUGACAGUGGAGGAGCGUGUGUCUUCCGAUUCGACGGACCUUUGAUAUUCACAUCGGUUCAGAAGUUUACGAAGUCAGUCAGGAAGGCGGUCAAGAAGUGGGAGCGACGAGAAGAAAUUCAGACAGACGAUUCUGGAUUUAGAUGGAGAACGAGGCUUCAGGAUACGAAAAAGGGGAAUAUUCUGAUGGUUAUCGAUUGUUCCGGGUUUCCAUAUGUUGAUUAUAUGGGAUUGGUCACUUUGAAAAGGGUAAUUUUAAGCCUACAUGGUAUCUUUGAUAUUAUACAUUGAUUUAUAAUGGUAUUAGGUGCACUUUUGGAGAAUUUUCGAGAUGAAAUUUUGGGCCACAAAUGUUUUCUGAACUUGGCAAAGAAAGUUGUUACUGUAGAAGAUUGUGUUAGUACAAAAUAUCUUUUGCAAAGGCAUUUCUAACGUAAUGUCUAUUCUUUGCGAGAAACUGCUAAAAUGAUGUAGAUGUUCUUUAAAUCCAUCUUGUGAAAUGACAUUUUUAAACGUCUUUUCAACCGAAAUAUCUUUAUACUUUAAACUUUAGAAAACGUUUUGAAAUGUCACUUUUUGCUGGCUUAAUUGCCUUUGGCAUUUAUUUUUUUAUUUUUAAAAGCAAUCAUGUUUUUGUGUCUUUAAGGAAUUAUAAUAUUACCAUUAAUUGGGUCUAUAACGUGCUAGAUAAUUAUGGGUUUGCAAAGUUAUAGUAAGCUACAGUGGGCCUUAGAGUAGGGUAGAAUAGGAUAGGGCCGUGCUUAUUUACCUUUGAAUGACAUUGUAAUUGUAAAAGGCAUUGUUUGGUUCGUUCGUACUUUUAACUUUUAACUAUACGCCACGUAAAAAUUUGUACAGGACUCUAUUUACCGUACAAAUCUAAAACCCCCGAGCGAUUUGUUUACAGCAGUUUUACUAUACUGUUUAUUUUAAUGAAAGGUUGAACGUUAGGUUUUGUGGAAGUAUAAUAUUAAUUUUUUAAAAUGAAAAAGGAACUAAAAAAGUGUAAAAAGUAAAGCAAGAACUUACUUAAUUUAUAAUUAUUAAGCGUACACUAAGACCAGUAAUUAAAAGUAAUGUUGACUUACUUUGCGCUGAGUCAGCAUAUACUUAGAAACAAAUAAUGCGGAAACAAUUUAUACCCAAAUAUAAAAAAGAUUUUGAUAUUUUUGAACCUUGAAUGAUAUCAAACAUUUACUCAGUAAUUGUACAAGAAAAUAUUUAGUAAUCGACUUACUCAGUAAUCGUAUAAUUACAGGUAUACAAAGAGUUGUGUUUGAAUCAAGUUGAAGUUCGUUUGGCAGCUCCAAAACGUAAGUUUAUAAAAGUUUUAAUAAAAAUGCUUUUAGAUUAAGAAAAGUUUGGUCUAGACUAAAAUAACGUCUCUUAGCCUUAGGCUUUACUUUAGUCUGAACUAGCCCUUUUGUUGGAAGUCGUUUUGUAAUCUGAGAUUUAUUAAAACUUUCAAAACGUAUCCCAAAAACUUCCUUAUUAACUAGACCAAAGUAUCGAAAUGAAUUAUUUAAAGCCAAUUUGAAACGGAUGAUCGAGAACACAGACUUCUUGGCUACCGUACCCGCCGCACACGUGUUUCCGACGAUUAAACGAGCAUACGAACACUUGUUAACACCGACAUACGAUUAG